CACACACUGCCGCGCCGAAAAGAUGCGAUACCGCUGCCCUGAAAAAAUAAGCAAUUUUCUGUCUAUGUAUUAUCAGUAUUUCACGCUUGUCCUAUCCUAACUCACCUAAGUAAUUCUCUAUUUCGUCAACAAAAUUUCCCGAAAAGAUACAAGACAUUUGACAAAAAUCAUCAGAAAAUGGAGACUGAUCGAAAAUUGAUUAAAUAUGGAGCAGCACCUGAUGUAACCUUUGUUUUCCCAAACGACGGAGGGGCUCUUUUGAUGACUGAAAAAAGCGUUUUGAUGAAAAACAGUGAAGUUUUCCAGAAGCAGUUUGCUUCAGCAAUAUCGACAGAUAAGGACGGAAAGAUAUCAAUCAUGGAUAUAUCUUACGAUACAUUCAAUCUCAUCAUUCAGUAUUUCUACAAUGAGUCCUUUCCGAUUAAUGCAGAAAACUAUCAAGGGAUCCUUUAUGCAUCAAAGAAGUAUUUCAUUAAUACGUUGAUUACUAAGGUCGCUCAAUUCUUGCUGAACUUCAUCACAUACAUAAAUAUUGUUGAACACUUUGAGUUUUUGGAAAAGUUUGAGAUUGGUAUUGUAAAUGCUCAUAUGAAAGGAGUAAUAGUUAAACAACCUGUUCAAGUCAUUCAACGUCUAACAAAAUCACCAUCUCAUAUGCGAAUACUGCAAAUGAUAUUGGAAUCGGAUGUUUUGUACUGUUCAGAAUUUCAGCUGUAUCUAGCGAUAAAAAACAUGAUGAUAGAAGAGAAUGGCAACUGGAAGUCCGUUGAAGAAAUUGAGGAAAAAUUCAAAAAUGAUCUCGGAAAUUUGAUGUACCUCAUAAGAUUUCCCAAUAUGACUGCAGAGGAAUUAAUUAAGUGCUCAGUUUCACCAACGCUUUUGACCAACAAACAGAAACUUGACUUAAUUAUUUGGGCUCAGGAGAAGGUUUUCUCCGAAUCACUACUAUCAUUCUCAACCCAGAUAAGAAUUAAUCCAGUAAAAUGCAAGUAUUGCGGACGUUAUAUGUCCAAAGAAUACUUGUAGAAAAACAUUUUGCUAAUAUGAUUCUUGAAGUACUGAUCGGAUUGAUUUUUCACAGACUAAAAAUGGCAGCAAAUUUUCAGUUAAAAUGGAUAAAAACUGAUUACUUAAUUAUAUUGAAUUCUGGUCUAUAAUAAAAUUAUCAAUCUGCCUGCAGAAAA